CUAUGACAGCCGGAGCAUCAUUCGUCUUCACCAAAGAUCAGAAAAGAGAAAUUGGUCAUCGACCCAUCAUUGGGAACCCGAGGGAAGUUGAACUAGUCCUCCAUCAUUCAUCUUCAUCAACCUGCCUACCUCCUUUUCCUUGGUUCUAAUCAAUAUAUCAUUCAUCAUUUCCAAUCAUUCACCAUCAUCAGAAGCAUUAAACUCCACCAAUCAUCCAUUCCAUAAACUUUUCGGGCAAAGCAGAGCAAAAAGGAAGGGGGAACGCAUGAGGAGUUGAGACCACCGGAGUUGCUGCUGUAGAAGUCACUGGAAUGCCGCCGCCACCACCACCACCACAAUAUACCUGAGGAGGACGAGAAGGAAAGAAAGGAAGAUGGGCGACCGGAAAGGAGGAUUUUGGUAUAAAGAGCUAUUUCCGUUCACAGCCAUGGUUGCAACACAAUGCAUCAAUGUCGGUGUGAGCAUCAUCUUCAAAGCAGCCACAUUGAAGGGUUUGGACUUUCAUGUUUUCAUGCUAUAUUCCUAUUGCAUUUCAGCUCUUCUUUUCCUCCCUCUUUGCUGCUACUCCCACAGGAAAUCUCGGCUUCCUCCAUUAACUAUUGGUCUCCUUGGUAGAUUUCUCUUCCUCGGGUUUCUUGGCUUUUCCGGUCAAUAUCUUGGAUACAUCGGAAUCGAGUAUAGUAAUCCAACACUGGCUUCCGCCAUGACCAACCUUACCCCGGCUUCCACAUUUAUCUUGGCCGUCCUCUUCAGGAUGGAAAAGCUAGAAAUGAAGAGCUGGACCACCCAGGUUAAGAUAAUUGGGAGUGUAAUAACGAUUGCAGGUGCCCUGCUGGUGGUUCUGUACAAUGGCCCAGUGCUGAUAAGGAGCUCUACAUCUUCAGCUUCUGUUCUUGCACAACACCCAGCACUUGUUACCAUCACCGGCGGAACCAAACACUCGGAUUGGGUCAAAGGUGGUGCCCUUCUCGCUGUUGAAUAUGUAAUUGUCGGCUUAUGGUGUAUUUCUCAGGCCAAGGUUAUUGCAGAUUACCCAGCAGAGCUAGCUGUGGUCUUCUUCUACAACUUAUCAUGUGUGAUUCUAGCAGCUCCUGCUUGUUUAAUGGGGGUAACAAAUUCAAGUGCUUGGAAUAUACUAAAACCUGAUGUCCGGCUGUACUCAGUAGUGUAUUCGGGAGUAAUGGGAUCAGGCUUUGGUAUUCUUAUUCAAACAUGGGGCGUACAUAUAAAAGGACCUGUAUAUAUAGCUUCAUUUAUGCCAUUAUCAAUUGCCAUUGCUGCAAUUAUGGGCUUCAUUUUUCUUGGGGAUGACCUCUACCUUGGAAGUGUGAUCGGAUCCUUGAUCAUAUCUUUAGGGUUUUAUGCUCUAAUAUGGGCAAAAGCAAAAGAAGACUGUGAAAAAGGUAAUGAGUUUGGGGCAUCUUCCAGCCAAAAUGCUCCAUUACUAGGCCAAUACGAUGAAUCAACAAAUGAAGGACGUGCAUCUGCCAUUGCUUGAAUAAUAGAAAACGAUUACUUUCUCAACCACUCAUAAUUUUUACCUUGUUCAGAAAUUUGUAUUGUGUCGAUAAUGUUUCAAAAAUUUAAAAAUAUGGGAGGCAAAUAAUAUUUUUUAAAUUUCAGUGGUGCUAUGAGUAAUAAUGUAAAGAUUCUCAAGGGAGGCUUUUGAAAUUAUCCCUUUUCAAUGCUAGGGGCAUGACCCACGCUAGGAACGGCACCUUGUCUCCCUUUA